CACUCCUACAGGGUCGACUCGAUGCUUCAUUCCACAUGAUGCAAGGGCAUUUCGCUGAAAUGACCACCGGACAAAUAAUGUGACAUGGACAUCCCUCUCGUUUCUCCGUUGGAGAUGCGAGUCCGAUACAAAAGGACCAGGUGCGCUCUCCACUGCACCAGUCUACAGCAUCCCUCACGCAGUACACCACUCGAUGAAGUCCACGUACAGCCUCGCCGUUCUUGUCCUCGCUUCCAUCGUUCCCAACGUAGCAUCGGCCAAACAUGCCCCGCUUCGCCGCACGGAGCCCGCGAACUCGAACGGAUACUAUCAGCAACCAUCUGACAACUCGUCGUUUACUGAAUACUCUGGAUGCAGCACUCCGGCAUGCGGAGAGACGGCGACUGGAUAUACCGCAGCCAUGAACCAGCUUUCGUUCGGUGCGCCGUCAGGCGACGGUGAGGGUGAUGCCUGCGGUCGCUGCUUCCGUCUCACUGGGACUGUGGACCCAUACAGCCCGGACUACUCUGGACCGUUCUACUCCAUCGUGGUCAAAGUGACUGAUCUCUGCCCCGUGGAGGGAAAUGCAGUUUGGUGUGGACAAACGACGGAGGAUGGAACCAACGAGUUCGACAUGCCGGUGCACUUUGACAUCUGUGAGGACACAGGAGGAGCUGGCGCGUUCUUCCCGUCGGUCGACUGCAGCGAGUGGUCCGGCUCGGACGGGAGCUCGCUCUGGACGGGUUCUUGCCUCAGCGGCGAGUCGGCAGCGUUCUGGCCUGACGGCACUGGCUGCGGUAACCAAGGCACUGCGCCGUCUUUCGGCGCUUGUAUCUCGUGUGCUGUCUAUCGUCACGACCUCUGCUCAAUUCUGCGUCGUUGGUUCUUCAAAGCUUUAUAGUUAGUCAGUUCGGUAGGCUUUGAUUGUUUCCA